AUGUCAUCACAUUUUCCUGUUCGUAUCAAGAGCCUGGCACUUUUGAGGUCUCUUUUUUCGGUCUUUUCUCCCAGUUGUUUUUCCACACAGUUCUUCCACGUCCAGGAAUUUUGUUGUCUGACACGCAGUACUUGGCAUUCACAGAGUUGCUCGCUUUGUUCUUCCGUCAGGUAAUCGAGCCUCUCUGACAAGGCAGCCAACCUAGUGCAAGGACGUGAGUCAUUUUACGUAGUCCGGCUUGCACGGCAGAUCUACCCCGAGCGCGAGAAAGAAACUCCGCUCAGCGUUAGCGUGGCCUCGUUCGGUGUUUCUUCCAAGGGAAUUGCCUGCAAUUGCCGCUACCUCUUCUGCCAACGUUUCAGGGAUUUCGACGGUCUUUUGUCUGCGCUCUUUCUUUGCGAAAACCCCUCUUCCGCACUGCCCAGCUCGUGCCGCCGUCCUGGCGCGCAGCUCACGCCGUCCACUCCGUCAGAGGGCAAAGCUUGGCAGCGCUCAAGUGCUCGUUGUUCAGGAAUCGCCAAACAAACCUUCCAGUGGCUUUUCCUACUCACGCAGGACCUCUGAUAAUAGGAGUGGGCACGUGUUCUCGUCCUAACGCUAUCCUCGAUUCCCUUUUCGCACACACACAAUGUCUCAGUUUCAACAGCCACAGUCUCCUGCGGGAGGCUCGAUGUUCAUUACCGGCACAACGGAAAAUGCCGAAGUCGAAAGGGUGAACGUUCGCCUGCAAGCUGACCAGCCCGUCGUCCCCGUUCCCGUGUACCAGGAUGUGUACAAGCGAGACAAGUACAUUGAGGUCCCCACUGUGGAACUCAACGACACCAUCAUUCCAAAAGUCUACAACCAGAGCGCCGUGCACGAGGUGCCGAAAAUGGACAUCGCUUUUCAGGAGAAGGAGGUCGCUGUGCACACCGAGAAACUAGUGGACAGAGACGUCGAGGUGCCCGUGCUGGUGGGCUACGCACCUCAGUUUGUCCCAAAGUGGGAUGUCCGCGAGGUGCCGCGACCGGUGCCCAAGUACGAGGGCGAGCAAGAGGUGAUUGAGGUUGAGGUUCCGGAAAUCGAGUACAAGGACACUUACGUUGAAAAAGAAGUUGUCGUCGAUGUCAAGGAAAAGAUCAUCCCCAAGGUGACAGAAGUCGUGAAGGAGGUCGAGGUUGUUCAGUACGAAUGGAAGCAACAGUACCAGGACGUGCCUGUGUACAAAUACGUUCCCAAGUUCGACGUCGAACUCGACUGCCCCCCCCCCAUCAUCGUGCCGUACCCAGAAACGCGCUUCGUCAAGGAGGACCCCAGCGUGGUUCAGCCCUACUGCUCUCCUUUGACAGCCUGCUGCCCUGGAACUGCCACACACAAGGUGGUGACUACCGACAGACUUUACGUUCGUGGAACCGAUGGUGCCGGUGCCUCGCAACCAAGCGCUCCUCUCGUGACUGUCGGUGGCGCAUUCCACAGCAUGUCUCCGGAUGUUCAAAUGCAGUCUGAGGCUAUUCCCUCUGCCCACGGUGUUCUUCCGGCUGACUACGUCGCCCAAGGACAACUUAUUGGCGACGCCCCAGGCUAUUCAUCAGAGGGACAGCUUCCUAACAUCCAGCUGGCCCCUGGACCGGUCUUUCCCAUGCCCUCACCGCAGGUGGAGCAACCCGCGAGCUCCUUCGGUGGAUCAUCUUCCGGUUCUGAAGCUGAAGAAGCAAAGCCCACUGCGUCGGAGAAACAGAGCUUCUGGAACUGGCUUUUUGGAAAGAAGGAGGAAACCGGCAAGGUGGCUGAGCAGAAGAAGCAAGAAGCUAUUGACUACACUGCCCACUUCCAACAGCUCCACCAACAGGGUACCCCCUCACACAAGGCUGAAGGACAAGCCGGAAAGGAUGAUACCGCUACCAACCUGGAGCCCUCUGUGGUGUACAAGGGCGUCGUCAGCAGACCCGCCGUGUUUGCAGGCAACCUCAACCCCAUUUCCUUCAAACUGCAUGCGAUUGAAAUCCACCAAUUCAUCCCCUUGCCCAACGUUCGCGUGCCCGAAUUCGUGAAGGCCCUUCCCGACGGCUUGAUGGCGACCGACGUGUCUGGCCUUGAUCGUUUCUUUGGGUCCGUGCCAACAGGCUGGGCAGACCCUGAUGUCACGGGUAUUCCGGCUCCGAUGAUGAGCGACAUUCUUGCCGGCAACAUCCAGGCUUCCACAACGAGCCCUCUAAUUAACAAUUUGUCUGAGAAGUUCGUGCAGCAGGAGAACACGGUUCAGCAAGCGCAGACCGAUGCCCGCGCCGCUAGCGGAGUAGGAUUGGGCGAAGAGGCACAGAUCAGCGCCUAAAAGAAAACGGUUUUGGAUGUUGAGCAAGUCAGAGACGUCCCACAACACACAUGGCUACAACUGAGAAAGGGAACUAAUUUUUAGGGACAGGGCAUGUUUUUUUGUAGAAUCCCUGCUGUGCAACUGCACGGUGCUUUACGUUGUGAAGGACGGCAGAAGGCCGAAGCACUGGAGGGAAAUGACCGCAUUCUCUGUCUUGUCUUCGUUUCUUAGACUCCAACUGUACACCGCUGGGACAACGUAUGAAAUGCGUCAUUCUCGUCGUUUGUCGCUCCUUCCGGCAGCGCAGUGAGGUCGUCCUCAUUCGUCGCUGCGUGUGUUGGGCAGGGUUCGGGCCUUGCCGAGCGCUUCCUUUCUUACCGACGAGAUCCACGUGCCCUCCACGCCUUUUCAGUGUCGUUUAUUUACUGAGCUCCGUUUCGGGGCGCAAAAGCGCUUUUGUGUAAUUGGAGCCUGAGUGAGGCCCCGAAAACGGUUCGAGCGAUCCGCCCUUUCGCGCCUAACACUCGCUGCUCAGACGCACUUGCUGGAACGAGAGACUGUGCGGUUCCCGGCGGUGUGAAACUUUUUACACAGAAUGCGUGUGAACAAGAUAAUAAAGGUCGCGCACUGGC